UCCAGCGGCUUCAAGUUCUUUGGCGCCAGCGAGUCUGGUGCUGAGUUUGGCACGGGCGACAUCCCUGGUGUGUGGAACACAGACUACAUCUUCCCCAACACGUCUGCCAUCCAGGUCCUCAUCGACAAUGGCAUGAACAUGUUCCGGAUCCCCUUCCUCAUGGAGCGCCUGGCCCAGGGCACCAUGACGGCCACGCUGGACGCCGACUACCUGGCCAACCUGACCAGCGUGGUCGAGUACAUCACCGACGCCGGCAGCUACGCGGUGCUGGACCCGCACAACUACGCGCGGUACGACGACACCAUCAUCUCGUCCACGUCCGACUUCACGACCUUCUGGACCAACGUGGCCACCCAGUUCGCCGACAACGCCAACGUCGUCUUCGACUGCAACAACGAGCCCCACGACAUGACCACCGACACCCAGACCGCCGACCUCAUGCAGGCCUGCGUCUCGGCCAUCCGCGCCGCCGGCGCCACCACCCAGUACAUCUUUGUCGAGGGCACCUCGUACACGGGCGCCUGGACCUGGACCACCUCGGGCAACAGCGAGUACAUGGCCAACAUCACCGACACCGUCGACGACCUGCUGGUCUACGAGAUGCACCAGUACCUCGACAGCGACGGCUCCGGCACCUCGUCCACCUGCGUCAACACCACCAUCGGCCAGAACCGCGUCGAGGCCGCCACCAACUGGCUCAAGGAGAACGGCAAGAUCGGCAUCAUUGGCGAGUUCGCCGGCGGUGCCAACGCCGACUGCGAGACGGCCGUCACCGGCAUGCUCGACUACCUCUCCGACAACAGCGACGUCUGGCUGGGUGCUUUGUGGUGGGGUGCUGGCCCCUGGUGGGGCAACACUUACAUCUACGCUUUUGAGCCUCCUUCUGGUGUUGCCUAUGUCGCCUACGAGAGCAUCCUCUCCAAGUAC